GGCUGUAGGGGCAGAUGUCAGUGACGCGCUCGGCUGGCGAGCCCCCCACCCCAACGAGAGAUUCCCAUUUCCAGUCUGGAGCUGAGCCAGUGCCUGAGAUUCCCGGGUCGUUACUGGUUAACCAGCUAGUUAAUGACUGACCAGGUAGUUCCUGGUUAACCAGGCACCGGGGCCUAGCUGUGCUGACAAUCAGCCUGUACCCAGCCGUGGGUGGCGCUUACCCUCCUGCCCCGGGGGUAGGGGGUGCCUGGGCGAUGGAGCCAGUGACUGAGUGGAUCAGACAUCGCUUCCCCACGGUGGGGAAUGUCUGUCCCAACCAGCUGGAGCAGUUGGUGAAGGAGAACAGGCAGCAGAUCCUGAUGCUGGAUGUCCGGAGUCCCGCUGAGUACGAGGUCAGCCACUUACAGGGAGCCAUUCGCGUUGACCCAGAAACCACCGACAUGGAUCAUCUGGUCAAGGAUUUGGGCCUGGCAGGAAGUGAUGCGGCUCAGACUGUGGUGUGUUACUGUACAGUCGGAUUCCAUGCCUCGCAGCUGAUCGAGAAACUCCUUCUGUUUUUGGAUGGAGAUCGCAGACUGAGUUUUCAGAGAGCGAUGACUGUUUACAAUCUCGAAGGGGGGCUCCUGAAAUGGGCUGAAGAGAAGAAGCCCCUGGUCGACGGUACCAACCACAUUACCAGCCAGAUUCACCCAUACUGCCACAUCUGGGCUCAGUUACUGAAAGCUGAUUUCAAAGCUUCUCGCCAUCAACCAUCACCAACUCAACCAUCCCAACCAUCACCAACCCAACCAUCACCAACCCAACCAUCACCAUCCCAACCAUCACCAAGCCAACCAUGACCAAGCCAACCAUGACCAAGCCAACCAUCACCAACCAAACCAUCACCAACCCAACCAUCACCAACCCAACCAUCACCAACCAAACCAUCACCAACCCAACCAUCA